AUGGCAACCCCCUUCCACAUCCGCGACGCCAUCCCCUCCCCCACCAACACCGACGCCCACUUCAUCACCGCCGCCUUCGACUCCUGCAUCCCCCACCUCUCCACCAUCGGCAGCGCCUCCCAAUGGGGCACCACACCCCUGACCACCGCCCGCCCGGACUUCAUCACCCGCCACAUCACCGCCAUCGCCGAGGCCGAGCAAUCGCGCCAGCACAACUACAACCCUGCCGAGGGCCCUGUGGCGCGCGUGCUGAUCGCCGAGGCGCCGCUACCGGGCCCUGAGGGGGGUUCUAUCCCCGUGGGAGCGGCGACGCUGCGGGCGGGGUAUCUGCCCAAGUACGUGCUGGAACAGAAGCAUUUGAAGGGGGUGACGGGGAGGCUGAUGGGCGGGGAGGAGGGGCCGUUUAUGUUUUUGGAGAUUUUGGUGACGGAUUUUAGGGAGGCGACGAAGGCGUAUCGGAAGGGGGCUGGGGCGGCGCUGGUGGGGUAUGCAAAGGAAUGGGUGAGGGGGUUGGGGAUGCGCGUGAUGUUUUAUGAGGCACAAGGCUUUGAGAAGGUGGACGCGUUUGUGGUGGAGAAGGCUGGUGAGGAGGGGUGGCCGGGGAUGUUCCUGCGAAUGGAUGUUGGGAAGAAGGAUUCGGAAUAG